AUGGCUAUUGUAGAAGUGUAUUUACCUUCCUUUUCAUCCGGAGAUCCUUACCACACGACCAUGGAGUGCCAUAAUCACGGUAGCUAUGCAAUCGAGAGAAAGUCUCCAUACAUAGUAUCACUCAUUUUCAAUCUAACGAAAACAAAGGACAAGAAAACUCGAAUGGAAAGCCGUAUUGGAUCAUUUAUGAGUAGCUACCUAGCACCUGGGUAUCUGAUAAUAACCAUAAGCCUACGGCUCCUCGAACCAUCUCAUACAUCUAGUCAGUCAUACUGUAAGGCGACUCUUCCGUGCCACGGCGCCUUGCUUCUGAUGAAAACGCAGUAG